GCUAGGUAUUUAGUUACAAUUACUUCUAACUAAGAAAAACGCGUCUCGACGGAAAACGGGUUUUAACGGGUAUAAAGAUUACGCACAACGCAAACUAUAUUGAAAACAAUCAAAAUAUGUAAGUGAUACUGGAAACGGAAAUAAUUUCAACAAACAGGACUUAAUCAGUAUAUUUGUUGCAACAAAUCACUUGUUAUAUAUAAUAUUUUCUUGUAAUAGGUAGGUAUAGUGAUAUCUGAAAUUUAAUUUCAAAGUAGGUCACAGCAUAUUUUCUUAUCUGGUGUUGUAAAGGAACGUUUGAAGAUUAAAUUAAUUGCUAAAAUAAAAAGUGUUUAUUUAAAUAAUGUAUCAUCGUAUUGAAAUUAAUCGGAAUUAGUUAGAAGCAUCAAAACUACGAAAGUAUUGCACGGACGGGCUCGGAGCGAGCGGCGCGAAUCGAUACCCGACCAUGUGGAAUUUAUAAAAGUGCGGCCUCUGCCGGACGGCGGACAGGGCGUCUGCGCUCUUGCUUUUUCACGUGUUUCCCUGUCUGCACCGCUCGCGCCCGCCGCGCCGCCGUGCGUGCGAGCGGGACGGACACACGCUCGCUUGCUUCUCGCUGCGCGUGUCUGUGUGACGCUCUGCGCGUUGACGUGUUUGGCGUCGCGCUCUCGUUGCGUCGUGACGUGUCCGUUAUUUAUAUCCACGUUUUAUCGCUUAAAGCCUAGUUUUCGAUAAUGAAAAAGUGUAAGAAGGAAAAGUUGACGGUGCGGGACGACCUGGUGUCGUCGGCGAAGAGUGACGUGGGUCGCAUGGUGGACUCGGGGCAGGCGGACGACCGGCGCCUCAUCCGGCUGGUGCGCGACAGGCAGCUGCUGUACGCGCGCAACAACAUGCCCGUGGCGAGCUACUACACGCAAGUCAAGCGCCUGUGGGACGAGGUCGCUCGGGAGAUGGGGUGGACCGUGGCGGACGUGCGGCGCAAGUGGUCUCACAUCCGCAACUCGUACUCCCGACACCUGCGCAAUGAAAUGCACGGCGCGUGCACCAGCAAGGGCCGCAUGGUCUCCAAGUGGUACCUCGCCGACGACCUCGAGUUCCUCCGGGAGCACAUGGCCACGGACACACGAUCAGCUCCAUACCCAACGUUUGCGACUUCAUUCCUGGAAAUGGACAUCGGCGAGUCGCAGAAUUCAGACUCGCUGGACGUGAAGCCGUUCAUAUCCAACCCGUGGUUUCCGCUCAACUCGGCGCCGCUGCCCUUCGACCACAAGGCGCACAGCGAGGACAGCUCCAGCUCACACGCCUUCACACCCGACGAGAACUCGUCCUACUUCCAGUUCUUCAGGGGCAUCUACAAUGAUUACCAGGAGUUAUCCGCGUCGAAGCAGAGGCAGUUCAAGCGGCAGUGCCUCACAUACCUCCACGAGCUGCUGGACGAAGAAGAACAGAACAGAAAUAGAUUCGAACAGAGCGACGCCCUGAACUUGUCGAAUUCCAACGUGUGCAGCGAGGACGAGCCGGAUUCCAAGGUGUUCGUCGGCGAGAACGGCUCCCCUUGAUAGUGGAAAAUGGAGCACAAACAUUCACUUGUGAUUCUAUAACGGGUCGCAAAGACCAUAGUACAAUUAUUACCUUAUGACUAUGACUAUAUUAUUUAAAAAUUUUAAAAAAGAUUAUAAUCAAUAUAGGCUUAAGCGAUGGAUCUAGAUCUCAGAAAUGCAUAAUUCCAUCCAUUAAUGAAGAACAGUUUAUAUUAUGAUAUUUUGUUUGAUUGAUUUUGAUGAUAUUUAUAAAUUAAACUUUUAAAUCUUAAUGAUUGUGACAUUAUAUGAAGUAUUGUUACGUCAACAUAGAGUUAAAAGAAACGAAAUAAUGUUUUUGGUAUGUUUUCAAAUAUAUUUUUAUUUGUAAUGCUGUUUUGUAAAUAUAAUAUGUAAGACUCGCAAAUGUAAGGUUCCGUACCAUCGCAUACCGAAUUCUAGAUACUUGGAGUGCUUAUAUCACAGCGCUAUGGCAGAAUGUUCUGUCCGUCUAUCAAACUGAUAAUUUAUGAUAGCAUAAAAAUGUGGUUAAGCUUAAUAUGUUUUUGGGGGUUGGGGGGUUGAACUCCAGUCAAUUAAAAAAGUGUUUAUUGUAAAUGACUACAAUGACUGUAGUGUUUUACUAAGGUUGUAUAUUUUUCUUUUAGUAUUAUAUUUCCAUAAUACAAGGGAAUGUGGAUUUGCUGAGUGACUGAAUGGAGUGAAUCCUUGUAAGAUAUUAAUAAUGAAAUGCAUGAUGCUGUCAACAUCGACGCUCAAUGUGAUAUGUGUAUGUAGGUAGAAAUAAUAGAGUAUAAUACUAAAUUUGUUAACAAUUAAUAAAUAA